AUGGAUUUGCCGGAUAACAUAAAUAGUGUGGGAAAGAAAUGCGAUUUUGAGAAAGCAUUAAAUAUAACAGGUUUUGGCAAAUACAACUUCACACAGCUGGCAGUAUGCUGCCUGCUGAUCCUGGCGAUGUACAUCGACAUCUUCGGCUUCUCCGUAGCGCUGCCCAGCGUAGCUUGCGACAUGCAGCUCAAUACCUCCCAACAGGGCCUACUCUCUGCUGUGCCGCUGAUUGGUGUAAUGAUAUCGUCCUACGCCUGGGGUCUGUGCGCUGACACCUUGGGGAGACGAAAGACGCUAUUGUUCGCUAUGCCAGCUGGAAUGCUUCUCAAUCUAGGAGCCAGUAUUGCACCGAAUUACGCCUCAUUGGCCGUGUUGAAGUUCUUUUCAGCUGGCUUCACAUCAUCAGCGAAUGCGGCCGGUUUCGUACUCCUUGGAGAAAGUGUGCCGGUCAGGUUUAGGGGAAGGUUCAUGUUCCUCAUGGCAAGUGCCACCAUGUACGUGCAAUUCAUUAUUUGUGUGAUAGCCUUACCAAUCACCAGAACAUCUUUCACCAUUGACGUCACCUGGCUGGCGCUCACAUACCGUCCCUGGCGACUGCUGCUCCAAGUCAUCAGCAUACCGGGUAUUAUUGGCGUUAUCGGCAUGUUGUUCCUAAAAGAGAGUCCCAAGUUUCUCUUGAGUAAGGGACAGGAAGAGAAGGCUAUCGAUGUUCUGAGAGUCAUCUAUAGGUGGAAUAGGGGACUGAAUAAGGAUACAUACCCGGUAAAGUCAAUAUUCCUAGAGGAGACAGCAAUGCCAGACAGUGGCAACGCAACAUUCCUGCGUAAGAUGUGGAACCAGACAGCACCGCUCUUCCAGCCACCGCUCCUGAAAAACUCUCUGAAACUCUACUACAUCUUGCUCUGUGCUUAUAUGACAUCCACGGGCUACACGAUGUGGGUGCCCACUAUGACGAACGCCUACUUUGAUGGUGAGGACAGAACAGGCAAGGUGUUCUGCGAGGUGGCCAGCACUGCUGCUUCGUCCAACGAUACGUCCACAACCGAUUGCGACAGCGUCAUCAAGCCAAUGACUCUGUAUGCGGUGAUGUGCUACUCUGGCAUUUCUGGCACCCUGAACAUAUUCCUGACCUUCAUAGUCGGUCCUCUUGGCAAAAGGAGAACCACUAUACUAGUCUUCGCGAUUGCUAUAGUCUGUGGGAUCGUUCUCCUGUUCAUCAGGAUACCCGUAAUGAGCAUCGCGCUGUUCUAUUUCUUUCUCUAUGUGGCGCUGAUUCUGGGAAAUGUUAACACUUAUUUGGUGGAGUUGAAUCCUACGUAUCUGAGGGGUAUGGCUACCUGUUUAUCAGUGGUGGUUGCGCGCGGCUUCGGGUUCUUUAGUGUGCAAUUAAUAGCUAGCCUACUUGCGGAACAUUGCACGCCUAUGGUCGCCGGGUACAUCGUGCUUAUAACAUCUGGACUAUUCGUAUCGUUCUUUUUGCCGCCAGACAAACAAACAUUAAGUAAUGAAAAUAUUGAGAGCACACAAUUAUAACAUGUAAAUAAUAAAUAAUCAUUUUGUAAACACCUCUAACCACUAAUGGGUCAGUGACUUUAAUGAAUGACGUGAAGACUAAUUUUAGAUUAAACUUUUGCUAUAACCUUGUAAAUAUUACUUUACUAAGUAGUUGUAAGUUAAAACCAUAAUUUAAUCAAUUCAGUCAAUUAAUUAAGAAUUAAAUAAGUAAUGAUUGU